GCGAGGGAGGACCGGGAAGAUGAACAACGGCAGCAAAGCCGAGAAGGAGAACACCCCGAACGAGGCCAACCUUCAGGAGGAAGAGGUACGGAGUGGCUCGGUGUGGUGGCGGGUAGGACCUGGGACGGUGGCCGCGGGCUUUCUGCAAAGUGCGGGCGAGCGGGCGGCCGGCGGGGCGCGGGUCCCGGGGCGCCGGGCUGCGCCGGGGAGGGAGCGCCGCGGUCGAGGGUUUGGGAAUCGUCCUGGCCCCGAGACGCCGCCCCAGACUGUGGCCCCGGGAGGCUGUAUCAUCGGAGAGUGUGUUUUUGUGGGUCCACGAGCGUCAGCGUGCCUAAAAUUGCGUAACUUUGAGGACUUUGCUGAGACCUUUGUCCGGACUCUCUUUGUCAGUGGUCUCCCUCUGGAUAUCAAACCUCGGGAGCUGUAUCUGCUUUUCAGACCAUUUAAGGGCUACGAGGGUUCUCUUAUAAAGCUCACAUCUAAGCAGCCCGUAGGUUUUGUCAGUUUUGACAGUCGCUCAGAAGCAGAAGCUGCAAAGAAUGCUUUGAAUGGCAUCCGCUUCGAUCCUGAGAUUCCACAAACACUACGACUAGAGUUUGCUAAGGCAAACACGAAGAUGGCCAAGAACAAACUAGUAGGGACUCCAAACCCUAGUACUCCUCUGCCCAACACUGUACCUCAGUUCAUUGCCAGAGAGCCGUAUGAGCUCACAGUGCCUGCACUUUACCCCAGUAGCCCUGAAGUGUGGGCCCCGUACCCUCUGUACCCAGCGGAGCUAGCGCCUGCUCUACCUCCUGCUUUCACCUACCCCGCCUCACUGCAUGCCCAGCUAACAGAUCCGCCUUCAAGAGAUUACUGAUCCCCUCUGAAUCAAGCUGACACUCCUCCAGGACUUCCGAGGACCGUCUGACAGCAAUGAUAUCACCCACUGCCUGAUGUUUGCCCCCAAACAACACCUCUCUCUUCCUUAAUGAUCUCACCCUCAUAUCACACACGAGAGCCUGGGCCCAGGUCACCUCCCCAGCCAGCUAGAGGGUGUCACGAGAGCAGAGAUGUGUGUGCCUUGCCGUGGGGAAGGGCUGCAGAGGAAGGCGUGCGCUUGUUACGAGAGCUACCUGUCUGCGUGUGCUCCUGUGUACUGAGAUCUCCUUCUCUUGUGUUCUGGGAGCUCUAGGGACGAAGGAGCAAGCUGGGAGCUUCCAGGAGGAAGGUUAUGUGCUAUCAUUACAUAUGUUAAAGAAGAGAUUAAGGGUUCCUUUUUUCCAUUUUUAAGAGACCCUGUAGAAAAGCAGGUACAAUAUAGUGUCUUAAAUGUAAUUAUCCGUCAAGGUAGAGGUAUCUCUUCUGAUCAGCUUUCUUUCUUAGUUAAGAAUAGCCUGAGCUUUAUAAACAAACUCCACUGUUUCUUCACAAGGAUUACUGUCUACAUACCAACCCUUUCUCUUCCCUUGGAAACGAUGUUUCUCUUAGCUUUGCUUUUAGUACAAGUAGUAGUAAUCAAGGUUAGGAUUCAGCGCGAUGAUCAAUAAUAACAAAUAAGAUAGAAAGAAUAUAGCUUUCAUUUGUCUUACUGCAUGUGUAACUCCUCUAAAAGCAGGAAAGCCUGUUUUUAAAAAAUUACCAGCCUGAACAGGUGGGGUUUUUGUUUGUUUUGCUUAGUGUUUGUGUACCAGGCUGGAUGAAAUAAACAGCUUCCCAGAAGACCCUUCUGAAUUAAAAGUCUUAUGUCGUACACAACUUACUGUGUUGUGCAAGACACCUACAAGGGGCCCCAGCAAGGGUCUCCCAGGCAGGCCAUGGGGUCAGGAGUGUUCUUAGCUGGACCUCCUUCCAUUCUCUCUCAGCUGAGCUGUCGAUGCCUCGUAUGUGCACGGACAACCCAGCUUCCCAGGGACCAUGCAGGCAAACUACAAAGAGAAGGCCCUGGUGCCUGGGCCUCAGAAGUGAUCACCCUGUGUGUUGGAAGAAGGGGGUAGAAAGUAGUACAAGUAGUGAGGAAAAAGGUGGUGGUGGUGAGAGUAUUUGGCACAGAAAACAAAGUAACGGGGGUUCUUCCGAGACUGAUGACCCAAUUUCUGGAUUCGCUGUGCUUUCUGCUUUUCCUUCCCUGUUGCUUUUUCCACCUUUGUCCGUGUCAGUGCUUGGUCACCCUUGCAACGGCAGGUAGCAGGGGAGGGCAAAGGGAAAGGGAAAGGAAACGGGCUGACACCUUCUGCUGAGUUAUCAGAAUGCUCGUAGUGACCUUAGAUUAUUCUGUAGAUACCGUGGAGCAACUCAAAAAGUCCCCUGUUUGUGGCCCACCCCUGCCAUCUGGGGAUACGUGAUCCACCUCUUCCUCUUCCUGGACUGCCUAGAUACAGGUCAAUUGACAGCUGAGGCAAAUGUUAAUAAUACCACGAAAUGGUGCCAAGUUUGCCUAGUCGUCUAAAUAUCCAUGGCUUUUGGUUAAUCAGCACCAAAGCCUUUCACCACUGUCCUGGAAAAGCAGGAAUUGACAGUGGCCAAAAAAGACUGCGAAUGGUGGCUUUUGGCCAUGAUGUCUGGGUAAUUUGUCCUUGCUUCAUUCAUAUAACGGAUGAAAUCAAAAGUCAUUCUGGGGAUACGGUGGGAGAAGGAGCUAAAAAGUCAUAAGAGAUCAGAAAGCCCAGGCCAUUGUGAGAAAGGAUGAGGAGAGACAGUGCCAAGAUUCCAUGGACUCAACCGUUAUGCUUUACUGGGAUGUAUCGCUCAUGGUGGCACUUUCCCCAUGAGCUCUUCCUUGACCUUGAGGCUUUCCCAGCCAGGAAUCCACUUGGUACUGCCACGUCAGUCCUAGAGUUGGUGGGACUCUCUUCUGAUACCAGUGAGACCCUUGUGCUCAACCCCACUUCUUGUUUGGGGUCAUUCCCAGUGCAAGCUUGGGUUCUGUAUCCUAAAGACUGAUGAACAAAUAUGGUCAUUUAAAUGUCUUUGUCCAGUGUGAGAAUCUUAGAAUGAACUGGGAGAGGCUUGACAGAUCAGCUGGUCUGACCCAUUUUACAGAUGAGGAAACAGACUGGAGAAGAGGAGAGAGUUGUCCAAAGUCGCAAGUGGCUCUGCCAUGACCAGAGCCAGGCCACCUGACUCCCAGCUCUUUCCACACCUCAGUGCUGGCUCACCAAAGACUAAUCCUUUGAUGGAAUUUUGGAAAGGCCUUGUUCCAGUGACUCCUUGGAUCUUUCUUCUCUAACUAGAUGAGAAGCCUGUAAGAAGAGACUUGGAGACAGAGACGAGGGGAUCAGAACUUAACCUUCACCCAAAGGGCCUGAGAGAAUUUUUAUUAACUGGAGGUAGAGCAGAGGGGAGACCAAAAUGGAGCGUCCUCUUAGUGGCUAAUUCCAUUUUUGUUUUGGAAAUCGUAUUAUGUCUUUGGAGAUCAGCUUUUAAAUAAUUUUGCUUUUCUUAGUGAUGUUGUGCUCUGUUUUGAGACGUGGAUUUUUUUUUUC